AUGGAGGGGGUGCACACAGCAACAGCGCACCAGAACAGAACAGAGCACAGCACAGCACAGCACAGCACGGCAGCAGCAGCGGAGGGGAAGGCACGAUACGAUGGUUACUGCAGCUCGUGUAUCAGAAACAUUGGCUACGGCUGCAGCUGCCUUAGUCCAGAUUACCCCGUCGGUACCUGCUCCAUGCAAGCAAAACAAAGUACUAAAGUAUUCGUUGUACCACAAACCCAGCAGCCAGGGACUCAUCCAAGUACUGGUUGGGCGCUCGAGGUACCUGCCCGCGGCCGUGCGGCGCACAAGUACAAGUCGAAGCCACAGAUACAAGCAGCAAACAAGUUCAACAACGGCUCUGCCUUAGGUACAUUAGCUACACGCAUGAAAUGGAACUCCGGAGCUUUCAAGUACCGUCAACUGUCGCACUGGCUCAGCCGCCCGGAUAAAAUCACUCAGGUUCCAUCUGGUAACCAAGCAUCGGAACUACUGUGCGCACUCCUCCCCAAGCCGGCAAAGGGUGCGUGCGCGACAAUCAUCCUAGCACCUGGUAGAGGUUCCAUUGACCUGCUGCUAUAG